AUGAACUCUAUGUUACUGUCAGAAGUUGGUCAAGAAGAAUUUCCUAUAGUUUUGGCCCAGAGUGUCCAUGACUCCCUCACUUCGAACAGAAUAGAGUUUUUAAAAGAGCUACAUCAAUUAGUCCUUCAGGGGACCCUUGAGACACCUCAAUUGUCUCAGAUAUCCGUUAAUCUUUUAAAAACUUAUAGCUCGUUCGAAGAUGGCAAAUCCAAAAAAUUAGUGAUUACCAUUUUGUUGGAGAUCUCAAAAUUGGAUGCUCGAUUUUUAGAAAAAUAUGCACAAUUUAUCUUGGAUCAAGUAUCACCUAAACCUGGUUCCAAGGCGGUUGUAGACUAUUUAAAUUUGUUGGAAUGGAUCCAUCUUUUUUUCAAUGUUUUGGUUACUGAUAAAUCAUUAUUUGAACAAAAUGUGGAUAAAUUAGUAGAGGCCCACUUAUACACUUCCUUCGGUAUUGAAGAUAAUUUAGAUAAACAAGAAGAAGGUAAAAAAUCAGGUGAAGGUCAAAAUCAGCAUAGAAGAAGAAUCCGUCGUGCGCUAUUGCAAUUAACUACAAAAUCGUUAGUUACCUGUGUGAAGAGUAAUAACGAUGCAUUGUACUAUUUCGAUCAAUUCGCGGAAAAGACUUUGGAGAGUUUCAACAAGAAAAAAGCUCCUGUUGCCGGUGUUGUGGUAAUGGUAGGCGCUUUGGCACAAGCUUCAGUACAAUUACUAUCAUCACAACCGGUCUUAUUCCACUCCUUUAAAGAAAAUCAUACUCCUCCAAUCACUGAGUUGAUUGGUAAGGAAGUUAUCGUAGGUAAGAACCCACCAUCUGAAUAUUGUCUCAAGACCUGUUUGUCACCAUUUUUAAAAGACUUCGUCACAGAAGACUUGUACAAGACUCAUUUGGUGUCCAAUUUGGAGAAAGCAUGUUUGAGAUCUCCAGAAUGGGCUUUCAAAGUAGCAGAGGUAUUGUAUUCUGGUGUAAACAGUAAAAAUGUUAACCUACUAAACAUCUUCAUUUCUACUAAAUUAAUGUCUCAAUCGUUUUCAUCAUUCAAAAGCUCGAGAGGAGGUGUCAAAGCUGCAUCUGUUAAUUCUGUUUUGACUCUCUUAUCAAGUCUUGAGAUCGAUAAUACGUCCCCAGAAGAUGCAAUUAAGCUACUCAGCGAAAUUUUUAAAAACAUCAAGACAAACAUGAACGCAGACUACAAAUCAUUAGCUUCUUCGAUACUUUUGAAGAUCCCUAACGUCUGGAAUGAAGUGAACGAAAAGUUGGUAUCUGAACUUUCCACGUAUGUUUCGAAGGAAGUUAACGAAAAUGCCCUUAGUAGCAUGCUGGGUUGUUUUUUUACCCAUUACUUUGUUCUGUCAGAACCUAGUGAAGCUCUCAUCAAACUCGUUUCCAAUGGUUUUGAAGAAAAGAAAUCCCAUUUAAAAAAAGUAUGGUUUACUACGUUUGCAUUGCACAGUCAGCUAGCUGCUGAUAAGCUCUUACAACCCUUUGGCCACUACUGCGUGGAAUUCGUCAAGGAAACACUUCAACACAGUCGAAGAAACGAUCAUUUCGCAGCCUUUGCCUCUUUUGAGUUUAUUGACAGAGUAAACAAUUCGCAAUUGGUCGAAUUACAAGGGGAGUUGGAUGAAACUAUUUCAUCAUUCCCUAGUCCUGCUCUUGGGGAAUUCUUGUUGCAAAUGACAUUAUCUACUUCUUUGAGCGUUCAACAACGUAUUCGCUCAGUGGAACUAUUAGAAAGAUACUUCCAAAGGAAACCAGCACUGGUGGGAAUUAACCUUAUAGAGGCACUAGAAAAGAGACUCCAACAACCUGAUGGUCCUGCGGAAGAAAGCAUUUCUUACAAAUAUAUUGUUCCUGUCUUCACAGCCAUUUCGAGACCAUCAGCUGACAAAGCAGGCCUAGUCGAGGUGUUGAUCAAAACCUUCAUUGUUUCUCAAUAUAGUGGAUUCAAUUUGAAGAAUAGCUGGGCUAGUUUGGCACUGAAUGCUCAAAUGGAUCCAGCUAGCCUGGUGCAAGAACAUGCUAAGACCUUAAUCAAUAAUGCUGUUGCAGUUCUUGAUAAUUCAGAAUUUUCUCAUACCCGAUUUGGUUCAUGUGCUGUUCAAGCUUUAGCAUACGCAUCGUUUAUCAACAGUUCUGUUGUCAGCCCAAUGUUAGCAGAAUUACUGCUGAAUGACUUAGAAGUUGAGCAAAUAUCGAGCUUUACAGCUGAAGAUUUUGCAAUUUGGCAAGGUAAAGAGGGAGAAAUGGUUUUCGACAUUUUAGAGAAAGACAUCGAUAAGAAGUUGGCGGACAAGAAUACGAGAGAUUACGAAACUUUGAAAUGGGAACAGAGUAUCAGAAAAGAACAAACAAAGAAGAUAAAUAGAAAGUUAACGAAGGAAGAACACGAAUUGGUGAAGCAACAACUUGCUAAAGAAUCUGAUAUCAGGAGCCAAGUCACAAAAAUGACAGUGAAAGUUGAUAGAGGUGUAAGACUUGUUCAACAACUUGCCCGUGAUUCUGUCCAGGUGGACACCGGUAUUCACGUCUGGCUCCCACCUGCUGUCACGAAGUUACUCGAGCUUUCUCAGAACAAAAACUCUUCGAUAUUCUUGGGUACCAGUGCUUUAGAUGCCUUUUUAAGCCUUUCCUUAGAUAUUUCUGAUAGAUUGGGCUCAAUGACCUUUUUUGUUGGGUUGGCAAUAUUGCGUGUGAAAAAUGCUCAUAACAUUCCUUCCAACUUUUUGGAAGAGCCUCUUCAUGAGCUCUUAUCUAGAGUCCUUUUUAGAGUGAAGAUAGUUUCUCAGCAAGUUGCUUUGGAUUCUACGACUCUUAUCUAUAUGCUACCAUUGCUGGUUCACGUUUUGCAAGAGGGUAAACGUGUGGCAGUACUAAAUGCCAACAAGCCUAUCUCUAACAGCGAAUUUGUGGAAGAGAGUAGCGAGGAGGAACAUCUGUUACUGGCCAUGGAUAUCAUCUCAUCACACGCAGAAGUCUUUUCAGAUUCAUCCAUCCCAAGAGAAUCAAUUUUACAGGUUUUAUUGUCACUAUUGGCAUUGCCUUCGAAGGCGAAAAUGGCAAAGGACUGCUUCAAUUCCUUGUGUCAAAGUAUUUCCAUAGCUCCAACAAACAAGGAUCUUCAAAUGCUUCUUUCAAACACUCUAUCUCCAAAUCAAUUUGUGCGUUCUUCUGUUUUGGAAAUAAUCGACAAUGAGUUUGAACUGGAACCUUUUAUGUCUUAUUCUGCUGAAAUCUUCAUCUGUAAGCACGAUGUUGAUGAAAACUGUCGUUCGACUGCUGAUUUUAUUUGGGAUUUCAACAAAUUUCAGGUUAAUGAAGAACUACUUGCUACCUUGCUAACGUUCUUUAAUCAAUCGAAUGAUAGUUUAAGGGUUUUCACAGCCAAGGCAUAUGCAGAUGGUGUUGAGCAUUUGAAGAAAUCAGCUGGCGACCAAGUGAUUGACAAGUACUUGGGAAUCCUAAUGAACUUCUAUUUGGAGAAGGCAAAGCCAUUGGAGGAUAUCAUCGAUCAAUACGGUCUGGUGGCUAUUUCCGCAUCAGAAAGAAAAGAUCCUUGGGAAGAUAGAAGUACUUCCGCUCUUGCUAUGAAAGAACUUGUAACUAGUCUACCUGAUGGUGGAGAUACUGUGAUAGAAUUUAUCCGAUUUUUGAUUGAAAAGGGUGCAUUUGAAGAUAGAGAGUUCUUAGUCCGUCAAGAAAUGAAAGAAGCUGGUAUUGAAGCCAUAACUAAACAUGGUGCUAAGAGAGUCGAAGAUUUAAUUCCAAUUUUCGAAGCCGCUCUCACUUCGAACUCUGGGACUGUUGUGAAGGAGAACACCAUUAUUCUUUAUGGUUCUCUUGCCAGGCACUUGAGCACGGAUGAUGAAAGAAUUCACAUUGUUAUUGGUAGAUUGUUGUCAACACUGGAGACUCCUUCAACCGAGGUUCAACAUGCAGUCUCUGCCUGUUUAUCUCCAUUAGUUCCCUUGUUCAAGCAAAAUGUCGAGCAGUACAUCAAUCAAUUGAUGGACAAAUUAUUGGAUGUAUCUGCCCCAACUUACGUGCAAAAGGGUGCCGCAUGGGGUAUUGCAGGUCUCGUGAAGGGUUAUGGUAUCUCUGCAUUAUCAAACUUUGAUAUUGUGAGAAACUUAAUUGAAGCCGCAGAAGAUAAAAAAGAAGCUAAAAAGCGCGAGUCGGUCGCUUAUGCAUUUGAAUAUCUUUCUAUUUCGCUAGGCAAAUUCUUUGAACCUUAUGUCAUUGAAUUAUUACCUAAUAUUCUAAAGAAUCUUGGUGAUUCUGUUCCUGAUGUUAGAAAUGCCACUGCUGAUGCUACAAAGGCCAUUAUGGCCCACACCACCAGUUUUGGUGUUACUAAGUUGAUCCCUGUAGCAGUCUCUAACAUGGAUGAUAUUUCUUGGAGAACAACAAGAGGAUCUGUGGAACUCUUGGGUAAUAUGGCCUAUUUGAAUCCAACCCAGCUUUCAAGCUCUCUAUCUACUAUUGUGCCUGAAAUUGUUGGGGUCUUGAAUGAUUCCCACAAGGAAGUCCGCAAAGCUGCAGAUGAGUCAUUGAAGCGUUUUGGUGAGGUUAUUAGAAACCCUGAAAUCCAGAAACUGGUGCCAGUUCUAAUUAAGGCUAUCGGCGACCCUACGAAAUACACCGAGGAGGCUCUCGAUGCUUUGAUCCAAACCCAAUUCGUUCACUACAUUGACAGUCCUUCACUCGCCUUGAUCAUUCAUGUGAUCCACCGUGGUAUGCAUGAUAGAUCUGCCAAUACCAAGAGGAAGGCUUGUAAGAUCGUGGGUAAUAUGGCUAUUUUGGUCGACACUAGGGACUUGGUUCCAUACUUACAACAACUUAUUGACGAAGUGGAAGUUGCUAUGGUUGAUCCAGUUCCUGCUACUAGAGCCACUGCUGCCCGUGCCUUGGGUGCGUUGGUUGAGAGAUUAGGUGAAGACCAGUUCCCUGACUUGGUUCCUCGUUUGAUGGACACCUUGAGCGAUGACCAAAAAUCAGGAGACCGUCUUGGUUCUGCACAAGCCCUUGCCGAAGUUAUCAGUGGUCUCGGAUUGCCUAAGCUGGAUGAAUUGUUGCCAUCUAUUAUGGCUGGUGUAACGAGUUACCGUAGCUCUAUUAGAGAAGGUUACAUGCCGCUAUUGGUCUUUUUACCAGUGUGUUUUGGUGCACAAUUUGCUCCAUAUCUAAAUCAAAUUAUCCAGCCAAUCUUAGCCGGUUUGGCUGAUAGUGAAGAAGGCAUUCGUGACACUGCAUUGAAGGCUGGUAGAUUGGUUGUUAAAAAUUAUGCAUCGAGAGCUAUUGACCUGUUGUUACCAGAGCUUGAAAGAGGUAUCUUUGAUGAAAACGAACGUAUCCGUCUAUCUUCUGUUCAAUUAACAGGUGAUCUAUUGUUCCAGGUUACCGGUAUUUCUUCCAAGAACGAAUUCUCUGAAGAAGACAAUGAGUACAGCGGUCAAGUCACCGUCAAAAUGGUCGGAGUUCUUGGCCAAGAACGCCGGGACAGGGUCAUUUCAGCUUUGUUCGUGUGUAGAAAUGAUACGUCAGGUACUGUUCGUGCGUCUGCUGUUGAUAUUUGGAAGGCCCUUGUGCCAAAUACGCCUCGUACUGUCAAAGAAAUUUUGCCAACUCUGAUCAGCAUGGUUGUCAUGCAUCUGGCUUCUUCCUCGCACACUCUACGUCACAUUGCCGCUCAAACCUUGGGUGAUAUGGUUCGUCGUGUCGGUGGUAAUGCCUUAUCACAACUGCUGCCAGUAUUAGAAGAAUCCUUAGAAGAGACCUCUGAUCCAGACUCUAGACAAGGUGUCUGUGUUGCUCUACGUGAACUUAUUGGAUCCUCCUCCGCAGAAUCUCUUGCUGACUACCAAACCAUCAUCGUCAACAUCAUCCGUGACACAUUGGUCGACAGUAGUGAUAGUGUCCGGAGAUCUGCUGCAUUGUGCUUUGACGCUUAUCAAGAAGUGGAUAGUAAGGUGGCAAUCGAUGAAAUUUUGCCAUAUCUAUUGAACCUGCUCGAAUCAUCUACAGUCUCGGACUGUGCUCUACUGGGUCUACAAGAAAUUAUGUCGACGAAAUCCGAAAUUAUUUUCCCUAUUUUGAUCCCAACUUUGUUGGAACCUCCUAUUGAUUCAUUCAGAGCUUCAGCUUUGAGUUCUCUAUCUGCUGUGGCUGGAUCGGCGCUUUACAAGCGUUUGUCAACUAUCAUCAAUUCAUUAGUCGAUGCAGUAGUCGCCUGUGCUUCUGAUGAGAAAAUGCAGCAAUCUAUCAAGAGCGCAUUAAACAGGAUUUUCUUAUCGGUCACUGAUGAAGAAGGUUUACAUCCACUCUUACAGCAAAUCAUGUCAUUACUCAAACAUGAUGACUUCGAGAAGCGUGUUGUUGUGUUGGAAGUUUUGCCUAAUUUCUUCAAUGAAACAGUCUUGGAUUAUGAUCUUUACACUGCUGACCUUGUCUCCAAUGCAAUUCUUUCCCUGGAUGACAAAGACUUUAGAUUUGUAAAGGGUUCCCAUGAUCUUUUGGUGUCAAUCAUUUCUAAACAAGAUAAAUCUAAAUUGGAUAGAUUAGUCAAGCCUGCUAAGCAAGCUUUGCAAAUGACUGGUAAGCCGGGCGAAGAUCUUCCUGCAUUUGCCUUGCCUAAGGGUCCAAACUGUAUCUUGCCAGUAUUUUUGCAUGGUCUAAUGUACGGUUCAAGUGAUGAAAGAGAAGAUUCCGCACUUGCAAUCGCUGAUGUGGUUUCGAAGACUCCUGCUACCAAUUUGAGACCAUUUGUUAGUGUCAUUACAGGUCCAUUAAUUCGUGUUGUCGGUGAGAGAUUCAACAGUGAUAUCAAAGCUGGUAUAUUAUUUGCCCUCAACAUUCUUUUCGCAAAGAUCCCACAAUUUUUGAGACCUUUCAUUCCUCAAUUACAAAGAACCUUUGUGAAAUCUCUAUCAGACCCAUCUAACGAAACUUUGAGACUUCGUGCCGCCAAGGCACUUGGUACUUUAAUUGAGUACCAGCCAAGGGUUGAUCCAUUGGUCGUGGAACUAGUUGCAGGUGCCAAACAGGCCACUGAUGAAGGUGUGAGGACUGCAAUGCUGAAAGCUCUAUUAGAAGUGGUUACUAAGAGCGGGUUGAAGAUGAAUGAAAACUCGAAGGUGAGUAUCGUAAACUUGGUGGAAGAGGGUCUAAUGUCAAGUGAUGACAAGCAAGCAGCAGCAUACGCCAAUUUGAUUGGUUCUAUAUCCGAAACUUUAUCCACUGAACAAGCUCAAAGAAUCUUGAAAGAAAAGGUUUUGGAUGCUGGUCUGGAAGGUGAUUCAGGUAAAUUCGGUAUUUUGGCCUUGAACUCUUUCAUUAAGGAUGUUCCAGCACAAGUUGUAAAUUGUGAUCUAUUGGAUGAAAUUGUUCACUAUAUCGUCAAUGCCAUCAAAUCUCCUAGUGCCUAUUUCAGCGAAAAUGGUCUGUUAGCAUCAGGGAAAUUGUUAUUAUUACAAGGUGAAAAGAAAUCUCCUUAUUCCAAGAUUGAAGCAGAAAGUCCACUAGACUUAGGUCAAAAUAAUAUUAAAUUGUUGGUGGAAGAAUUGUCCAGAGCAACGCUAGCACCUGUGAGUACCUCUACUGAUGCUAGAAGAUUGACCCUUGUCAUUUUAAGGACAUUGACCAGAUUUAGAUUUGACGAAUGUGUCAAACCAUACUUGGAUUUAGUGGGUGUUUCUGUUUUUUCAUGUCUACGUGAUACUAUUAUUCCCAUUAAAUUGGCAGCCGAGAAGGCUUAUCUAGCCGUCUUCCGCCUCGUGGAAGAAGAAGACAUGCAAACUUUCAACACCUGGUUUUCUGAAUUUUCUUCCAAGGGUCCCUCUGUUACGAAUGCUGCAGGCAAUACUGUGCAAUUGAGAUCAAUUGGUGACUACACUAGAAGAGUGGGUAAGAGAUUGGCUAACGUGGAAAGAGAAAGAAUUGCUGAAGGUGGUGAUGCCGAAACGAUGUUCAGUGACAGAUUUGAAGAUGAAAGAGAAAUCUGGGCUGUUGGCGGUCUUGAGAUCGAAUAA